AUGAUCCUGGUGGCUCUGCUGGUGCCUCUACUGGUUAUGUCCAGCGCUGGACGUACCUCAGGUACGAUUGUCACCAGCUGCGAAGCGUGUCACGAACAAGCCGUCUGCCGCACCUCCCUCACGGCAGGUGACAUCACAUGCACCUGUAAGAAGGGCUUCUCCGGAGACGGCCUCGUCUGUUUACCUGGCCACACCGCCACCGCCGCCCACCACGCCCCUCGCCGUGUCCGCCGCUCCUACCCCACCUCCAACACCAACCUUGCCCACGUCCGGUUCAGCUGCGGCUUCAACGAGUGCGCUGACGGGGAGGACUGCAUCACGGUCGACGGCAUCCAGCAGUGCGCCAACCCCUGCAAGAUCUACACGGUCCUGAACGACGCCUGGCGUUCCACCAACAACGACGUGGGCAACAAGCACUGCGACCGCAACGUCCGCUGGGACGGCUAUUACCGCAUGUUCAUCGGCAACCAGAGCGUGUCCAUGCCGGACAAGUGCGUGGAUUCGUUCAAGUGCGGCACCCAGGCUCCCUUGUGGCUGGCGUUUCCUCCCCCCCAGCAGGUGGAUGAAAUUGUCCAGAGUGCAGUCUGCGCCAGCUUCAAUGGGGACUGCUGCUGGGUGCAGUCUCAGCCCAUCCACGUCAAGGCAUGUCCUGGGAACUACUUUGUGUACAAGUUCGUCAUGCCUCCCGGGUGCUACUUCGCCUAUUGUGCAUAUGUGUCAGCUCCCACCACAACACCAAAACCAGUCACAUCUACAGAAAUGCCAGUAGAGAACAAUCGCACCACAACAACAACACAGUCGCAGGUUGCCACGACUACGCCUAAAGCAAUGUGUGGUUCCUGCCGAGCGGGGGAGACCUGCGUGAGCACCGAUGGGGUCACUUGGCGGUGUGAGAGGCCAGAUCAGCCUGUUUUGCUGCACCCAGAGGUAGUAUGUGGGCAGAGCCUGGUACAGGUGGGUCUCAACAGGACUAACCUGGAGGCCGCUGGUCUGGACGCCACCACCGCUAACCUGGCCGACCCCCGGUGUAACGCUCACGAAGAGCGUGGCGGCAUGAUAUGGUACCAGGUGGAGCGCACGGAGGGCGCCUGCGGAAACACUCUGGUGACAAACGGAACUGACGCCAUCUUUUCCAACAGUUUAUUCAUCUACCACGUUCACGCCGUGUCCUUCAGCCGACCCGUGAGCGUGCCUUUCUCCUGUGCCUACCCUCUGGAAUCAGAGACCAGCCUGGAUGUGGCCAUCAAACCCUACCUGUUGCUGAAGGGUUCCAACGUCGGUAAGGGUUCCAGAGUGGGCUCCAACAUGACUCUGUACCACAGCAACAACUUCACAAAGGCUUACCCAGCGGGCGGAGUCACCUUGCCAGUGGGUUCCGUGCUGCACGUGGGUGUGUCCGUAGAGGAGUCCGAGACGGAGCGUUUCGUGGUGGUUCUGGAGGACUGCUAUGCCACUCAAUCCCCCGACCCUAAAGACAUCAUGCGAUACUACAUCAUUCAGAACAAAUGUCCGACUGAAUUCCGUCAGGUGAGGGUGGAGGAGAGCGGCUCGUCCCUCAGGGCUCGCUUCUCUGCUCUGCUGUUCCUGUACCAGGGGGACUACCGGGACGUCUUCCUGCACUGCAGACUCAGCCUGUGUGACCAGAGGAGCUCCUCCUGCACUCCAGUGUGCACCAAAAGGAAAUACCGCUCUGUCACCCCCUCUGUCCCCCUCGAACCCCUCACCAUCGGACCAAUCACCUAUGAGGUCCCAAAAUGAAGAUUGAACUUGUCAUGCUUCCUGUAUCCUAAACAAUGAAUCCAGUUAUCUAAAUGAUUAAUGUAAAGUUCAUAAACCUAUCUCACCUAUACAUCAUUUAUGUCCUAAACAAAGCCAGUUCAUAUUUAAUAUCUUACAUACAUCCAGUUAUAAAUAAGGAUAUUUUAAUAUUUUUCUUACAACUAGGAUAAUUGGGAAAAUAUUUCUAUUUGAACCAACACAAUUUCAUUGUUGAACCUUUAACUAAGGCUUGAGGCCAGAAAGUGUAUGUGCUGGCCACUAAUGUUUGUAACGUGAAAAUACAUGGACAUUUAGUUGGGAUUAUAUCAACACAAACAUCUCCCUUUUCUAGUUUAAACUGCAGCUAUAAUAUCAUUUCAUCCUAUUGCUCUAAAAUGCUUUGUAUGUGCAGUAAUUUAAUAGUGUUAAUACAAUAUAAAU